GCAGACGUUUUACUUUUACGCAUGCGUACUGUGGCGAAUGCUCCCGGAAGGGAAAGGAGAGGUGAAAGGUCAGUGAUUGAGGAGACGGCAUGGCGGGCAACGCCGGGAAAGGGAAGAAACGGCAGAAAGAGCAGCCUGAUGCAGGGAAAGCGAACGAGCAUGUCGCUGGCGAGGAGCAAGGAGCGCCUCCUGAGCAGGGCCAGGUCCUGUUCCCGCCGUCUUUCAGUGUCUCCGAAAUCAAGAACAAGCAGCGACGCCACUUCAUGUUCCUGCGCUGGAAGCAGCAGCAGAGGAAGGAGAAAUUAGCCAUUAAGAAAAAGCGAAGAAAGGAGCGAGAAGCACUUGGAGACAAGGCACCACCAAAGCCAGUACCAAAAACAAUUGAAAACCAGCGUGUAUAUGAUGAAACCACAGUAGAGCUGAAUGAUGAAGAGGUUGCUCUGGAUGAAGCUACAGAUGAAUUUGCACCCUACUUUAAUAGACAAACUGUUCCAAAGAUUCUUAUCACAACAUCUGACAGACCCCGUGGGAGAACUGUGAGGUUCUGCGAACAAUUGUCAACUUGCAUUCCAAACUCUCAUGUUUAUUAUCGAAGAGGACUGGCUCUGAAAAGAAUUAUUCCACAGUGCAUCUCAAGGGACUUCACUGAUCUGAUUGUUGUCAAUGAAGAUCGUAAAAUACCGAAUGGGCUUGUGUUAAGUCACUUGCCUAAUGGCCCGACGGCUCAUUUUAGGAUGAGUAGUGUUCGUCUACGUAAAGAAAUAAAGCGAAAAGGAAAAGAUCCCACAGAGCACCAGCCUGAAAUAAUCCUGAACAAUUUUACAACACGAUUAGGCCAUUCCAUUGGUCGCAUGUUUGCUUCUCUCUUCCCACAUGAUCCUCAGUUUGUUGGUAGGCAAGUGGCUACAUUUCACAAUCAGCGUGACUAUAUCUUUUUCAGAUUUCAUAGGUACAUAUUCAAAAAUGAGAAAAGAGUGGCAAUUCAAGAAUUGGGCCCACGUUUUACACUGAAAUUAAGGUCUCUUCAAAAAGGCACAUUUGACUCCAAAUUUGGUGAAUAUGAAUGGAUUCAUAAGCGCCGUGAAAUGGACACAAGUCGGAGAAAGUUCCAUCUAUAAUAGCAAGCUAGGAAUGAAGAGUUGCUGUUUGAUCUGUUGAGUUAUACAGAACCUGGACUGGUGGUGCCUCAGACCUACUCUUGCUCUUUGUUGAAAAAACUCCAAAAGAGAAAUGGCUCUUUCCAUCAGGGUUUGUACUUGAACAGACUGGUGAGCAGUGUUUGCUGUAUCAGGGAUUCCCCGGUGUUGACUGCGACUCCCAUAAUCCCCAGUUGCAGUGGCCAAAUGUCAACAUUUGGGAAUCUCUGUUACAUGGAAGAUUGUUGGUGACCAUCUCCUUUGGUGCCUUGUGUAACUUUUUUCCUCUUUAUUUACAAGUAAUACAUUUCAUGUUACAUGUAGAAGGCAAACUGCAUCUAGGAUAGCUCUGUUUCUCCCAGUGCAAUAUUUUAUAAUUAUUUCACUUCCAAAAUAGAUUUAAUUGAAGUCCAGAAUCCUACUAUGCAUUAUGAACAGUUAGCCUGUAAUUAAGUUGCCUAUCAAAAUCAGUUGUCAAAAGUAUUUAAAUAUUUUACUAAAAUUGUCCAUCAACUUCAA